UCCCGCCGCGGAGGGAUGGAGGGAGGCAUGGAGGAGCGGAGGGAGGGAGAACCGGGGCGGGAGCCUGGCCCGGCCCCGCCCGCACCCUCCGCUCCGCACCUGAGCGAACAGCGGAGGCUCCGCGGAGAUCCCGGCCCCCUCCGCAUCCCGCCCAUGGCUCGGCCGCUGCCGCUGCUGCUCUGCCUGGCCGCGCUGGGUGCCGGCUGCUGGGCUGCGACCACCCCCCCCGGGACGGCCGGGCCCCCCCAUACCGGUACGGCCGGGUCCCCCCACACCGGUACGGCCGGGUCCCCCCAUACCGGCACGGCCGGGCCCUCCGCGGAGCCCUUGCAGGACGAGGCGGACAACCAGGAGAACAUCCUCUCCCAGCUGUUAGGUGAUUACGACAAGGUGAAGGCUGUGUCUGAAGGCUCCGACUGUCGGUGCAAGUGCCUGGUCAGACCCCUGGGCCGGGGUGCCUGCCAAAGGAUUAAUGAAGGUGCUUUCAAAGCAGAGGACUUUUACACAGUGGAAACCAUCACGUCAGGACCCAGCUGCAAGUGUGCCUGCGUGGCUCCCCCCUCGGCACUCAACCCCUGCGAGGGGGACUUCAGGCUGAAGAAGCUGCGGGAGGCAGAGAGCAGCGACUUGAAGCUUUCCUCUAUUGUGGAGAUGCUGGAAAGUGCUUUUUAUGGCUUGGACCUUCUGAAGCUCCACUCGGUGACAACCAAGCUGGUGGGGCGGGUGGAAAAGCUUGAGGAGGGCAUGUCCAGGAACUCCAUGCAGGAAGGCCACGGGGAAGGAGCCAGCGUGGAGGAGAGUCCUGAGGAUGCCCAGAACAAGCUGAGGAAGAACUGCUCCAACCUCAUCACCAACAGCCUUGCUGACAUUGAGAGCUCUCUGCAGAGGGAUGCUGAGGCAGCCUACACCCACACCGAGGGCAAAUACGAGGAAAGAUUCCUGAAGGAUGAAACCAUCUCCCAGCAGAUCAAUUCUGUUGAGAGCCUUCUCUCUCCAGAGGAGGAGGAGAAGCCCAAGCAGCUCUUCCAGAGGCAGCUGCAUGUGAGGAGCCGACCUCCUUCCAAGCCCACCAUCAUCCGAGGUGUCACCUACUACAAAGCUCACUCCACAGAGUCGGAGAACGACAUCGAGGAGCAGCCUGAUGAACUGUUCAGUGGGGACACCACGGUGGAUCUGCUGAUCGAGGACCAACUCCUGAGACCCAGCAGCCAGGCCAGUGAGAGCGUGAGGAAACCCUCCCCAGUGGGAUGGCCACCCACCCCCAGCAGUGACCCCCAGAGCCUGCCAGACAGCGAUGCUGCGGUGACAACCACGUCCCCUGUCACCUCCCUGCCAGAGCCCACCCAGCUGACUCUUGCCAUGGAGACUCCGACCACCCCGGUGGGACUGGGGCAGGAGGGGACCCUCCAGCAACCAGGAGUAGCCUCGGCCAGCACAGUGGUGGCCACAUCCUUGGAGAGCCUGCCCUCAGCCACUGUCCCUAGUGUCACUGUCACCAGCGCCGGGACCUCGUGGGACACAGAGAACAGCUCUGCCCUGGAGAGCAGCCCAGGAGCCUGGUGGCAGGUGAGCACCCCUGAAACAUUGGGCAGCUCCAGCACCCCCAAGCAGAGCCUGGAGGAGGAGGACAUCAGGAACAUCAUUGGGCGCUGCAAGGACACCCUCUCCACCAUCUCGGGGCCCACCACCCAGAACACCUACGGGCGAAACGAGGGGGCCUGGAUGAAGGAUCCCCUGGCCCGGGAGGAGAGGAUCUACGUCACCAACUACUACUACGGGAACACGCUGGUGGAAUUCAGAAACCUUGACAACUUCAAGCAAGGGCGCUGGAGUAACUCCUUCAAGCUCCCGUACAGCUGGAUCGGGACGGGGCACGUGGUCUACAAUGGCUCCUUCUACUACAACCGGGCCUUCACCCGAAACAUCAUCAAAUACGACCUGAAGCAGAGGUACGUGGCAGCCUGGGCCAUGCUGCACGACGUGGCCUACGAGGAGUCGACGCCGUGGCGGUGGCGCGGCCAUUCCGACGUCGACUUCGCGGUGGACGAGAACGGCCUCUGGGUCAUCUACCCCGCCAUCAGCUACGAGGGCUCCAGCCAGGAGGUGAUCGUGCUGAGCAAGCUGAACGCAGCCGACCUCAGCACCCAAAAGGAGACGACGUGGAGGACGGGGCUGAGGAAGAACUUCUACGGGAACUGCUUCGUCAUCUGCGGGGUCCUCUACGCCGUCGACAGCUACAACAAGAGGAACGCCAACAUCUCCUACGCUUUCGACACUCACACCAACACCCAGAUCAUCCCCAGGCUGCUCUUUGAGAACGAGUAUGCCUACACCACCCAGAUAGACUACAACCCCAAGGACCGCCUGCUCUAUGCCUGGGACAAUGGGCACCAAGUCACCUACCACGUCAUCUUUGCCUACUGAGCCCCCCUCCUUGCCACAGUGGGGCACGGCGAGCCAGGGGCCACCAGCACCUUUUAUUAUUAUUUUUAUUGUUAUUAUUGUUAUUUUGUACAAAUCAGAGUAAAUGAUGGGUUUUGUUUCGAGCUGGUUUUUUUUUUUUUUUGGUUUGUUUUUUUUUUAAAGGGUGGAUCGUAGAUCGAUCCCCAGGCCAGAACCCACCCUCCUUGUCUUUCCUCUACACUUGCUUCUGGUUUUCCUUCCUAGGGAGAGGGGGGAGGAUUCCUCCUGCCCACAGAUGAGGAGCUGGCCCAGACGUGGUCCUCCUCAUGACGUUUUUUUUUUUUUUUUUAGCUCAAGAUGAGGAGCAAGAGCCCCAGACCCGGUGCAGCGCUGGCCUUGCUGCUGCCGGCAUGAAGUCCCAGCAGGAUGUGGAUGUCCUGCUGGAGGGGGUGUGUGUCCCAUGGGAAUGUCCUGGCCCUCAGGACCCUCUUCUUCCCCUUGGAUGGCCAGCAGAGAUCCUGCUGUAGAAGGGGGCUGGGAGCACAGCUCUGGCAGCCCCCCAGGUGCUGAUGCUUAAAGCUGAGGAUGGACCCACCAGCUGGGGCUCUGCCCUGCACACCCAGCUCAGGGGGGCCAGGAGCACCCAGAGCCAGCUGUGGGAGUGGGGACACUGUAAAUACCUAUAGAUGGCUUUUGUUUGUUCAUUUUUGUAACCUCAAAAUAGUCCCCUUUGGCAGCUGUGGGGUGAAGGCUCUGUUCUGCUGGGCUGCCUGGGCAGGAGCUGUGGGGCUGGGGGAGCUGCUCCAUCUCCCAUAACAUCCCAGCCCCUCUGCCUUCCCACUGCCAGCUUCUCCCUGUCCCACCUCUUGGCCUGUGCCAGAGGCAUGGCCCUGCCCCUUCUAGCCUGGCAGCAUCUUAUAUUUACCUGUUAAUAAUAAAAGAUCAAGUACCU